CAGUGUGAUAUAUAUAACAGUAAUAAACACCGAAGUCGAGUCUGUUGGAAGACUUCGUUAUUUGCAUUGUAUAUUUAAUUAACUUAAUUGAUUACCACAAAUAUGCCUGUCUUCCAUACGAAGACAAUAGAGAGCAUCUUGGAACCGGUUGCACAGCAGGUUUCAAGACUGGUUAUCCUCCAUGAAGAGGCUGAAGAUGGAAAUGCCAUGCCUGAUCUGGCCCAUCCUGUAAAAGCUGUGAAGGUAGCAGUUGACAACUUAGUACGGGUUGGAUAUGAUACUAUCAACAGCAGUGAGGAUCAGAUUCUGAAACAAGACAUGCCACCUGCCCUAAGUCGGGUUGAACAAUCUUCGGUCCUUCUCCUCCAAGCUUCGGAACUACUCAGAGCUGAUCCCUACUCAGUACCAGCUCGUAAGAAGCUGAUUGAUGGAUCAAGAGGUAUUCUUCAAGGGACAUCAGCCCUUCUUCUUGCUUUUGAUGAGUCAGAGGUACGCAAGAUUAUUCGAGUAUGCAAGAAUGUUCUUGAGUAUUUGGCCAUCACAGAAGUGGUUGAUCGUAUGGAAGAUUUAGUCACAUAUGUCAAGAAUUUGAGUCCAGUGUUGACUAAAAUGACAAAGGAGGUAGAUAACCGUGAGAAGGAGCUUACUCAUCAGGUUCAUCGUGACAUGCUUGUGCGAUCCCUGGAACAGGUGAAGAACUACACCCCAGUUCUUAUAAGUGGUGUGAAGAUCUUCAUAACAGCGAAACAAACAAGUCAAGGCAUUCCUGAUGCACAGAGUGGCCGUGACUAUAUUGUGAAGAAGAUGUCCGAUGAGAUUCAUGAAAUAAUUCGUGUGCUGCAGUUGACAACAUAUGAUGAGGAUGAGUGGGAUGCUGAUGACCUCACUGUCAUGAAAAAGUGUCAGAAUGCCAUUGAGGGAAAGUUGCAGCAGGCAACUGACUGGCUCCAAGAUCCAACAGCCCUGAUCGGAAGUGCAGGAGACAAGGCUUUGAGACAGAUUCUUGAAGAUUCAAAAAAGAUUGCUGACCGAUGCACUAAUCCUACCGAGAGAGACGCCAUUCAGAGAAAAAUUAGUGACAUAGAGUCAAUGUCCAAUGCCUUAUCUGAACUACGCCAACAGGGCAAGGGAAACAGUCCUCAGGCCAUCAGUUUAGCUAAGGAAAUUCAGGGUAAACUAAAGGAGCUACAGCAGAUGACUCACAAUGGAAUUAUGAAUACAGAGAGGAGUGGUAUUCGCAAACCUGCACCAACUGUUGAAGGGAAAGUGGAACAAGCACGCCAGUGGUUGGCUAAUCCUGGAAUUAGUGACAAUGGACUUGGGGAAGAGGCAACCAGGAUGGUAGUGAGUGAAGGACGUCGUGUUGCCCAGUGCUGCUCUGGACCUCAGCGACAGGAAUUACUGCGCCUGUGUGAUGAGACAGAGAUCCUCACUAAUCAGCUAUCGGACUUAUGUAGAAAGGGACAGGGAAGUACACCACAAGCAAAGGCCGUGGCAAGGAAUCUUUCAGAAAAACUAGCUUCCCUGAAAGUGAAAAUACAAGAUGUCCUGGUCAGCCAGGUUGCUGAAGACUUUAUAGACAUUUCAACUCCUCUUAAGCAGUUGUCAGAGGCUGCUAUGGUACCACUAGCUGAAGUGAUCGAUGGAAGUGUUGAUAUGGAAAGUGAGUUAGAUCAAGCUGUUAAAGACCUUACACCUCAAGUCAUAAAUGCUGCAAGGGUAGUUUUCCAAAAUCCAAAUAAUCCUGCUGCACAGGAACAUUAUGAUCUGCUGAAAAAGCACUGGACAGACAACAUGGAACGCCUGCGCUCUCUUGUAGAUGAAGCAGUUGAUACAACAGCUCUCAUAAAGGCUGAAGAGGAAGGAAUUUUGCGGGACACAGAGAGAAUAGAAGAUGGUAUACGGUCUAAUGACUCACCAUUGAUUGUUGCAAAUGCUUCAAAUAUUGCAAGAAGAGCAAACAGAGUUCUGCAAGUUGCCCACAAUGAGGUGGACAAUAGUGAAGACCCUGCCUUUGUAGAUCGAGUAAACUCUGCCUCGGAAAAUCUGAAAGCAACCAUAACACCAAUGGUACAGAAUGCCAAGGUAGUUUCAAUGAAUCCACGGGAUAUGAAUGCUGGCAACAACUGGAGAAAAGCAAAUCAAUCUCUUAUUCAUGCAGUUGGUGGAGUAAGGGAGGCUGUGACAGUUAACAAGCCACUUGAUGGGUACUAUGGACAUGCUGAUCAUUUUCCUCCUCCACCAGACAUGUCACAAUUGCAUAUCUCAGCUACAUCGUGUGUAGAUCAACUUGCUGUUUCAACGAAGGGAUGGCCUUCCAAAGUUCCUCAUAAAGAAUUUAGCAACACUAUGCAUAUCCAGCAGAAGCCAUUAUGUGCAUCUCCCUACACCAUAGUAAUUGAUAGUGAUGCUGGUAGAAGUGUGGUGGCUCGAGUUCCAGAUUGCUACAGCUCCAUUGGCCCCCACGGAGCACAUGAAGCGUCUCUACGGCCCAGCCAGCAUGAGCCAGCAUCAGGAUGUCCAGUGUCCACCCCACCAGUGCCACCGCCACCGCAGGAUAUGUUCCUGUAUUAUGACUAUGGAGCCAGAGAGACAGCUCCACCUCGUCCACCUCUGCCUUACGAGACUGCUCCACCUCGGCCACCUCCACCAGAGACUGAUGAUGAGGAUGAAACAGCAUUCCCUAUUCCUCAGCCUAAUCAACCCAUUAUGAUGGCUGCUCAUGCAUUACACAUGGAGACUAAACAAUGGUCCAGCAAAGAUAAUGAGAUUAUUUCAGCAGCAAAGAAGAUGGCUUUGUUAAUGGCAAAACUUAGUCAACUCGUACGAGGUGAAGGGGGAACCAAAAAGGAUCUGAUUGCCACUGCAAAAGGUAUUGCCGAAGCAUCUGAAGAAGUGACAAGGCUGGCAAAGAAGUUAGCUGCUGACUGCACAGACAAAAAGAUGAGAAUGAAUCUACUGCAAGUAUGUGAAAGAAUCCCUACAAUCGGCACGCAGUUAAAAAUCCUAUCUACUGUCAAAGCGACAAUGCUUGGUGCACAAGAGCCUAUUCCUGCUCCUGAUGGAAGUGAAAUAGCCUGUGGAUCUGAAGAAGAUCAGGAAGCAACUGAGAUGCUGGUUGGAAAUGCACAGAACCUAAUGCAGGCAGUCAAAGAAACUGUCCGUGCAGCAGAGGCUGCAUCUAUUAAAAUUCGCAUUGACUCAGGAUAUACAAUCCGCUGGCUGCGUAAGAGACCAUGGUAUACCUAAGUGUCAUCAUAAGGUUGAGAUCAAGUGGACUGAUGGAUCUUUGUCAUUAUAAACACAUAAACACUCUAUUAUCAUCAACAACUUCCUGUACAAAUAUACACAACAUAAUGGCAACUUUAUUUAGCAUUAUUACUUAAUAUUCUGUUGGACAGUGGAACAAGGUAAACAUACCAUGCAUUUAUGUUCUGUAUAUCUGACAGGGAAUUCAUCUCUAUAUUGAUAUCUCCGUAUUGUUCUGUCAUGGCUUGUACCCAAGGAUAGGAAAUGUAACACAAAUAACAGUAUGUUCAUCAAAUGGUUGAACGAAAAAGGAAAGCUCCAUGAAUGGAAAAGGGUAGUUGAAGAAGAGAUGAAGUUAUCUUUAUCGUUAUUGCUUCUCUGACUCUUACGUCACUAUUUAUUAAAAAAAUCUGGGCAUGAAGCAGUUUAUUUCAUAAAUAUACUGUUUAGCAAUUUCUGUAAAUAACUUAUGAGAGCUGUGAUUCACAUGAAAUGGUUUAUUGGACAGCUAUAUAGAUUAUACAAAUAUGUCUGCAAGUUCUUGAUCUUGAUGGUAUUAGGCUGUGUGGUGUAAAUCCAUUCAUUAAGGUCUUUCUGCUGUUUAACUGUAAGCUGUAAGCUUGACUGAGGUUUUCUUAUGGUGUAUUUGUCUGUAGACACACUUCUCUUGACAAACCAUUUGACUGAUCAUUCAGUAGUCCAUGACAAUUAUUUAUUUGGGGGAUACCUUUUAGCAUGUUUUGAUGGACUCUGAUCAUGUUUAUACAUAAAUAAAUGCCCUUUUUAAAGUUCAAUACUGAAAUUGCAGCAUCCUUUUAACAGGUUGAAACAUUAAUGCUGGGAUUGCACAAAAAAAGAGAUGACUUUUGCCAUGAGGUCAAAGGUCAAAUAUUUCUGUCUAAUUGCAACCUGAUAUUCAGCCCUAGGCCUAGUGCACACAAUUGUCUUAAGUAACUCAGUUCCUACAGCAUGACAAACAGCUGAGCUGAGAUAACUUUGUGGAAAGAGGACUUUGAUGAUGAGUUCAAACGAUAACUUUGUGGAAAGAGGACUUUGAUGAUGAGUUCAAACGAAGAUGCAUUUAAUCCUGUUCUAUUUAUGUGGGAUUGCAGUAAAAGCAGUAGACCCUUAUUUCAGAAGAUUGUUACAACACCUGCCUGCUCAUAGAAUGGGAAGGCAAUAGAUAAUAUGUUGUAUACUAUGAGUGACAAAAACUACUAGAUGUUAUUAAAUAACACUUGUUCUGAGAUGAUCUAAAGUCUGUGUUCACAAUGCAAUUUUUACAGAAAUGAUAAAUAUGUUUCUCAUUACCUGAUUUCAUAACAAACAUCUGUAUCUGCUUCCUUCAUAAUUCGUUGUAUAACACGUACAAAAUUAGAGAGUAAUGAUAGUGUGAUUUAGACGUGAACAUGCUUGGUUUACUUCUUCCUUAACUGAUCUCGCUCUACAUGAAAUUAAACUUAUGUCAUUAUUUACUUUGCUGCAUUGUUUGCACCUUAGUCAUGCAAUUAAAUUUCCUUGAUAAACAAAAUUAAAGUUGCUAUGCAUGGUUACUACCAAUGAUGACAUAAACUGAAUCACCUGAUCCAAAUGCUUCAAGGUUUUGCCUGAGUUUUGCCUGAAUGUUCUUGAACAUAUGAGAGAUAAUGUGUCAUGCAUAUCUCUAUCAUAGCCCUAGAAAUAUAUUUAUGGACUGAUAUGUCAUGUUGAGCAUCAUGGUCCUUCUCAUGGCCAUAAUGUAGAAAAUGUUUAUAACAUACAUGCCUUAUGCCUCAUUAUACACAUACAUGCCUUAUUCAGCAGAUAUUUUGAAGAUGUAUCAUGCCAGGAAAUGUUAGCAGGAAGUUGCCUUACACUCCAUAAGUUGUCUACCUUGGGGUGAAGGUCAUAGUGAAGGUACUUUGUAAAAUAAUGUGCAAAUUUCACUUAAACUGAUAUUUUUAGUAUUAUGUAAGUUGUUGCUACAUAAGUACAUGUUUAAGGCAGUUGAGGACAGGUCAGCAGUGGCCCACUUUCCAUGACUGGCAUGUGUCAUAGUUUGGUUUCAUUGAAUUCCACACAGGGACAUCAUAUUUGCCUUACAUAUGAGAUAGAUCUGUGAAAUGUUGUUGAAAUACAUGCAACUCAAAUUCAUUCUCAAAGCCAUAUGUCUGAAACUGUAUUAUGUUCACAAUAGCUUAAACAGUAACUUUUUGAGAGGCAUUUUAGAAGUUCUGAGGAUGAAGGAAAAACAAGUUCUGUGAUAGUCAACUUCUUUUUUGCAAUGAAUGCGACGUUUUGGUGUAGGUACUAAAACUGAUAGCUUCUCCUUUAAAAGUGUUCAUACUAGGAGGAUGAAAUUUAGUAGGAUGGAGCAUUGAGCAAGCUUCAUGAAAGGCAAUUCUGCUUGUUUGAGUAUGUAAUAAAGUAUGAUGUGUUACAAGAGUUUAUAUCUAAGUUUUCAUAUAAGAACAAAAGUUCUUUGCUGAAAUUGAAGAGAAAUGAUGUCAUUAAAACAGAAGAGCAUUUUGUGGAAGUGACACAGGACUAAGUUGCAUUUGACAGCAGUAUAAGGCAAGGAUGAAUUUAGAUGAUGCUGAUGAGGCCAGAUGUCAUCUGGUAAUAUCAAAUGGUUCAUGACAUAUGUUUCUGUGGGCAGUAGUAUUCAGCAAAAAGUGGUGAUAGGACUGCUUCUGUGAUUUUUGGCAUGCAGUUCAAACACCUUACUAAUUUGAUUAAAGAAAUCACACUUCAUCUUCCAUUACCAAUAUAUAAACAUAAGACUUUAGGAUCACAAGAAUAUCUUGCAGAAGAGGACACAAAAUGUGAAAGUAUUUGAAAUGGUCCUUAGAUCAAACAUAAGUAAUCUUCUUCCGUUUUGCAUGUCCCAUCAAUCUAUGCUUCUCAAUCAGAUUCCACUUUUGACUUGAUAAUGAAAAAUCUUGCCAUUGGUAACAAUAUAAAUUUGCUUCCCAAGUGUAAGCAUUAUUCUGCAGGUGAGGCUGAAUUUCAUUGUUUAUCAGUACAAAGAUAUGGACUCAAUACAUUGCUGUUGGAAAUCCAUAGCUUCUGUUUUUCUAUCUUGCAUAAUAAUGAUUAAUUAUCUGUAUGAACCAAAGAAGUUAGUCAGAUGUUAUGUCAGUUUCGAAAAUUGGAUAUGUUUAUGGUGCUUAAAUAUAUUUGCACAUAUGAUACCCAAUGUUUCAAUUGUUUAUCAAAUUGGAACAACUACAACAUACUUCCAUGGAUAAUCACUACCGAUAAUCUUUAUAUCAAAGUAGCGUUGUAUCCUCAAUAUGAUGGAUAUUCACUACCGAUAAUCUUUAUAUCAAAGUAGCGUUGUAUCCUCAAUAUGACUUUGUAGAAGCAACAUCUGUUGACAGGUUUUUGUCAUACUUGUAGAUGCAUGUUUGAUUAAUAAUAAAAUGUGAACAAAC